AUGGCCUCUGUACCCAUGAGACAGAUCACUCUCCCGCUAACGUACCAGCAGCCACGACCUCAGUUUCCCAGUCAAGGUUACCUACCCAACGGAACAGCCCCUGCACCGGCUCCUGGAGCCCAAGCCCUUCUUCCCAACAAUGGCCGCAUCAUUCAGUCAGGCCCUGUUCGGGUUCUCUGUAUUGCUGAUGUUCGAGGCAAUCUGAAAUCUCUGAAUGAGCUCGCCAAAACUGCAAAGGCCGAUUACAUCCUACACACCGGCGACUUCGGUUUCUACGACAACACUUCGUUGGAAAGAAUAGCUGAGAAGACUUUGAAACACGUCGCCCAGUAUUCUCCUCUCCUCAACGAAAAUGUCAAGCGCCAGAUUACCCAGCCCGCUCCACCGCGACCGAUCAAACAGAUGUUCUCCCCCGAUCAACUUCCUCUGUCAGAGCUGCCUCUCCUCUUGAACAAGCAGAUCACCCUGGACGUCCCAGUCUACACUGUGUGGGGAGCUUGUGAAGAUGUCAGAGUCUUGGAGCGUUUCAGAUCAGGCGAAUACAAAGUCGACAAUCUGCACAUCAUCGACGAAGUCAACUCGCGGUUACUUGACAUUGGCGGAGUGAAGCUGCGACUACUGGGAUUGGGUGGUGCGGUCGUCAUUCACAAGCUCUUCGACAACGGCGAGGGCAAGACGUACAUCGCGGGAGGUCAAGGGACGAUGUGGACCACAUUGCUGCAGAUCGGUGCUCUGAUUGACACAGCAAAUCGCGUUUACGACCCUUCCGAAACACGAAUCUUCUUGACGCACGCUUCACCGGCACGGGACGGCAUACUGAACCAGCUGUCAGUGACACUGAAAGCGGAUUUCUCCAUCUCUGCGGGUCUACAUUUCCGAUACGGCAGUUCGUACAACGAGUUCUCGGUCAAUCCAUCGUUGGACCACUAUCGAGGCAAGCUAGCCGCCUCCAAGGCGUCUUUCCAAGAUGUUUGGGAGACGGUCAAGAUGGAUGUUGAGCAGGCGAUUGAAUCCAACGCAAGCCACAAGGCUCUGCUCCACAGUGCCCUCGAGAUUGUCGACAAGAUGCCCAGUACUGCCAACGGAGGAAAUCCCUUUGGCGGUCCUGUUGGCGGCGGGCCGGCUGCUGGUCAAGUGGACGAGAGCGCAUUCAAGAACAUGUGGAACUUCAAUCUUGCGGAUGCCGCUUUUGGAUAUCUCGUUCUCGAAAUCGAGGGUGGCCGCAUCGGGACCGAAAUGCGUGCACAAGGCUUCAACUUCGCCCAUCGUGGCAAGCCCGGUCCGUCACCGUCGCAUCCUCAGCCUUCGGCCGCUCCAGCAGCUGUUGCGCCCGCGUCUGUACCGACUGGGCCCGCUCAGAGCCGCACUCCAGCUUUUGCAGCACCUAAUCAGCCAUUCCCACAACAGCAAAAGGCUCCGCAACAACCGCCCAGAUCUGGAUAUCCAGCACAAGCUGGACCAGCUUCUACUUCCAAGUCUGCAACUCCCCCUACUGCCAACUCACCGGCGCCCUCGGCAACGCAAGGGAAGCCAAUCACCUCACUACCACCCUCUGCCGCUGUCCCGACGACAUCCUCCGGAUCGGCCAAGGCAGCCGCUCCUGCCACGAAUGGAACCGGCGCAGACAAGGUGAGUGAUAACGAGGCAGCCAAAGCCAAGGCCGGAACUCCGCCAGUCGACCGCAAACCCCCCAAUGCCCUGUACGUCUCCUUCGCGGACAACGAACAGCAUGUCAAGGAAUGUCUCGCCGAGGAAGAUCGAGACAAGGUCAAGUCGGUCUCGAGAAUGGGCAACAAAUUCCUCAACUGGAAGGUGCAAUUCGACAGCCACGACAUUGCCCAAGCUGCCUUGAACCGAGCUCAGACCGAAAUCCAGAAGUUCAAGGGUCCUGGCAACAAGGGCCCCAAGAUCACAUGGUUCGAAGAUCGCAGCCCAGCAUUCCACCAUCGCGACAAUCACAGCCAUGGUGGUGCAGGGACGUGGCAGGCGAGCGGACGUGGUGCAUCAGCUACAAGCACCGGUGCGUCUCGCGGAGGAUACCAAAGUGGAGGAGCCAGUGACAGCGAAGGUGGACGAGGUCGAGGAGGAUUCCGCGGGCGUGGUCGAGGUCGGGGUGAUGACCGUGGUGGUCGUGGUGGACGCGGUGGCGGACGAGGCGGUCUUUCAAACAAGGCCGCUGAAGCAGCUUCGGAGGCGAAACCCAGUGAGCCCAAGCCCGCCGAGUCGACACCGGCAGCCACGUCUGGCGACAGUUGA